CUGCGAAAGUAACCUGGAAGUGGCUCUGCUCAGUUUCUAAUAAAACUGAUAAACCAUAGCGAAACUUGGAGCAAACAUUCAUCAUCCAUGCACAUGAAGCUUAGGAGAUAUCUUUUUCAGCCCGCGAACCGUUUUUAACCACGUCUAACCUGCCCACAUCACUCCUCAUGCUUCUCUGGACUUUGAAUUUGUUUUAGUCCAGCUUCGAACUGCUUUCCAAUUUGCCUCUGUGUUGCAUUCGGUAAACGUAUUCGAAAUCCGGAAUAGCGAGGACAGAUUUACUUGCCGAGGCUGCCUUGCGCGGCGACAACAAACGUCUACCAACCCAAGAUGAAGAGCUGGUUAUCUACAUUAGUCCUUCUGGGCACGUCCUUAUGGACGGCUCGAGCAUUAGAAGUUAAGAUAGACGAUACCGAAGAGAAUCAGCAAAAAUGUGCCGGCAUGUAUAGCAGAAGUGCAUGGGGUGGUCCGGUAGAUCCUUUCAUCCUCACAGUAUUCCCGAACAAGACUGUCGAAGGCGACGACGAUCCUAUCGUUAGUUUAGUCAUAUUUGAAUGGAAGGACCAAGAUUUGAUCGGGGUCUACCCAAAUCCCGACGCGCUUCAAAAGGAACUCAUUUGCGACGAAGAGAAUGUUCGAGCCAGUCUGUGUAACGACACAGAUAUCGGCGAAUGGAUUCUAUCCCCCAACGCGACCGAGAAGUCAGAGAAUUUUAUUCUGACCCAAGCUGUUCACCUCAAGUCCGCGCCGCCCAUCAACUACCCCAUCAAGAAGACGGGAUAUUAUUGUGUUGCUGCCUAUGGUUUCAACACGAAGGAUUAUAUGGGAGUCGUCGAGUUCCGAGAGGCAUAUGGCGAGCUUCCCGCGACCCAGAUCCCUAAACUUCCAUUCUAUGGGGGAAUUACCAUCGUCUAUGCGCUAGUCGCCGUAUUUUGGGGCUUCCUCUACUAUCAGCAUAGAUAUGACAUCCUACCCGUGCAGAACUACAUCACAGCUAUUCUUGUCUUUCUGGGUGUCGAGAUGUUGAUGACUUGGGGGUUCUAUGAUUACUUGAAUAGGAACGGUUCCAACAUCGGAGCCAAGGUUCUUCUAGUCUUGGUGGCUAUUCUCAAUGCCUUCCGUAACUCGUUCUCCUUCUUCCUACUACUUAUUGUGUGUAUGGGUUACGGCGUUGUAAAGCCUUCUUUGGGAAAAACGAUGGUAUAUGUUAGGUGGUUGGCGAUUGCUCACUUCAUCUUCGGAUUGGGCUACGCCAUUACCAGUCUGCUCAUUUCUCCGGAUACAGCUAGCCCCUGGCUUCUCCUCAUCGUACUUCCGUUAGCGGGCACCUUGACUGCCUUUUACGUGUGGACGCUCAACUCGCUCAACUUCACGCUUAAGGACCUGCGCGAGCGCAAGCAGACCGUCAAAGAAACCAUGUACAAGAAGCUCUGGUGGUGUAUCCUAAUCAGCAUUCUUGUUACCUUUGGCUUCUUCUUUUUCAACUCCUUCUCAUUUGCCUCGGCAUCUGAUCCGGACUACGUUCCUUUCCACUGGAAGUCACGGUGGUUUGUUAUUGACGGAUGGCCGAACCUGGUCUAUCUCGCUGAUGUAGUCUGGAUCGCGUACGUGUGGAGACCUACGGCGAAUAACAGACGGUUCGCGAUGAGUGACGAAAUCGCCCAGGAUGAGGACGGAGGAUUCGAAUUUGCUGACGUGGGUGCUCCGGACGACUCGGACGAUGACGAGGAAGCACACAUUGGCACCAAGGUUGCCCAAACGCGCUCGGCACCGACAACAAACGCUACUUCUACGGCACCGCAACCGCUACAGAGCAGAGCCCCAGCGAAACCCGAGACGCCGCGGGAUUCCUUCGAUGGAGAGACGAUAUUCGCGGUUGGCGAAGAUGGCGAUAAGUUCAGUGAUGAUGACGAAGACGACGACGAUGAUGACGAUGAAGAGGAGGAUGAUGAAGAAAGAGGUGAGGGGUCAAAGCUUGUUAGUGGAAAGAAGAAUUAAACCCGCUCUCCAAACUAUGAAAAUCAGGCGAGGCAGGAGUGGUAUCAACUGUAGUAUCUGGAGCUACCCGCUUUCGUUACUGUACUAUUAUAGACGGCGUUGGAUGCUGAAGUACCGAAAAUACCUAGGAAGGCCUAUCGAGGUAGGGUAUUGAUCGGCACGAAUCGGUCGCUUGAAAGGGUGGUAGGCCUUGCUUUAUUUAAGGUACAUUGCAUGCAUGAGGUAGCGCAAGGUACGAAAAGAACUUUGAAUUGUAACCAAUAUUAGGAAUAUGCCAUGCAACGAUUUAAUACGAAUAUGGAUUGACCAGGAAC